AUUUUUUCCAGCUUUGCCUUACAACUUGCUCUGAAUUUAACCAUCAUGAUUACGAGCUCUCGAAGCAGUUAUGGACGACAGCGCAAGAGGAGAUGUGGAGAUCUUGGUGCAUACAACAGCACCGAGCAGGGGGCAAGAUGACACUCGAUACAGGGCCUUGGCGCGAGCAUACCUGGAUUUCGAGCCUGUCAAUCGCCGAGCCCUUGAUUACGAGUCAGAGAUUGAAGAUGAAGAUUGGCAGGCAGAUAGCCAGCUCCAAGAGGAACUACUCCGUUCAACGCAGCAGGAAGAGCCAGAGUCCCAGGCAUCGUAUCGCCCAGAAGAUGAACAUGAGAGCGUUGCAUUAUCGAGUGCUUCACUGCAGGACAGUAACUCGGCUCCACCGGAUCUAUCACAGGAAAUAUACUCUCCGGAGCUCUCAUUCAACGGCGUCUUGGAUAAUGCUGGUUCGUUUGAAUUUCGGGGGCGGCCCACGUGCUCGCAGAUGUCGCCCGUUUAUGCGCCAGAACGGAGGCAAACGCAGGAUUCAGUAAGCUCCUGGCAACAGCCACCGAGCAUUGUUGAAGACUCGCAACCAGGAAAUGAUUUGAUCAUAGGGGAAUUAUCCUCUCCAACUAGGAUGCUUGAGCUUUAUCUCCAGCAAAUAGAGAGCUCAGAGGACCGUUCUUCUGGCCGACGAGAUGGCCGAGCGUCUGAGGGAAUGAGUUCUCAAUUGCGAAAUGAGAAGCAGCAAAGUCAGUCCUCACAGUCAAAAGAUACUGGCCCAGAUCCGUCCUCCACGUCUGGUGAACCAUCCUCGCCACCUCCUCAGAAGCCUCCUGAAGCAGCUCCUCACCGCAUCGUUCGCAACCGUAAGCAGAAUAUAUCUUACACACAAGAACCCAGGAUUCUGCGGAAGAGGAAGCAUCCUGAACCCAGGCCUGUCGCAAAACCUAGGGCUUCAUCUGUUCCGGUAACAGGAGCCGUCCAAUCCUCCCUUGUUGCUUCAUCAGUUUCAACGAGAUCCCGGAAAAAGCAGCAGAUCGAGAUAACCAAAUCCAGGAACAUGACGUGGCAGGAAGAGAUUCCUUCUAGCCAGGCCCCUCCAACUAUGUCCAUUUCAAGCAGCUUCAAGUCCUCUUUCGCAUCUGUCAUGGAAAUCCGGCCGCCUCCUCCACCAGUCUCAAUGAGCCAUUUAACACCCGAAAUGCUAGUUACGGAAUCACUGCGACAACUGGCCAGCAAGAUGCCUCUAGCUCGGCUCUAUCGGCCACAGCAGCAAAUGCGCGAACUGCGGCCCAUGGAGCGCGGCCAUUGGCUGAUCGAUUGCCAGGGGUGGAAGGAAGAGCUGCGGGGCAGACACUGGGAUUGUCUUGGGAAUUUCAUCGGGAAGGGACAGGCGGGAUGGGGCAUCUGGUGCGUUCGGGAUGAGGAGUAUAAGACGGUGAGGGUUUAUUGCUGGGGUUCGUUGGUCGGUUAUAUUUACCUCCUUUUGUAUAUGGCGAGUGAAAGCAAGAUCAAGGGCACGGGUGCCUGUUGGGUAGGUGGCGAUGGACAGGCUAUUAUCAGAAUGCCUUCAUAACACUAGGUUCAUUAUUCUGGAUGCGCGUGACUUGCUUUUAAUUGGUG